UUGGUUGACAACAACUUUGUUUGUCAUGAUCAGGUAGAGUUUGUGCUAAAGCACAACAAGGACCUUUCUCCAUUUCUAAGGAAAUGCACAACUCUACAACUUAGUCCAGACUUCUUUAUCCCUCAAGACAUGGCCGACGAUGACAUGGCGAACGAGACAGCUCAUUCAACGGUCGUGGACAACGACGAGCCCUGGGGCUCGUCGUCGUCGGGCUCGGGUUCAGAGAACAUGAGCUUUCCCUGCACUGAGUUUGUAAGGAAGAAGAGAAGUGGAAUGCAUGUAUGUGGAAGAACAGCUAAUAAUUAUAAGGAUAUUACAGAGGAGGACAUGGCUACUAGUAUGAGUAGAAGAAAAGGCAUUCCUCAAAGAUCUCCAUUGUGUUAG